AUGGCUAGCAUUGUUCCAGGGCUGAAUUGCAUGAAACAGGCUGAUCUGCCAGAGAAAGGUGCUUGUUGCUGCACUCUGACCCAUGCUGCUUCCAGCCGCACUGACUCAGGACAUGGUGUGGAAAGCAGGCGCCAGUGCAGAGUGAAGGUGAGGACCAUCAGAGAACGUCUGGUGUCCGUCCUGGAGAAUCUUGAUGAGGAUGAACUCAAGAGGUUCAAGCUCAAUCUCAGCGAUUCCCCCAUCAGGGGUGGCUAUGACAACAUCCCUCGAGGGAGGCUAAUGAAGGCGGAUGUCCUGGACCUGAGCUUGCUGCUGCUUGGUUUCUACAUGGAAGAUGCUGUGCAGGUGGCGGCUGAGGUGCUCAGAGCCAUCAACUGCAGGCCCGAGGCAGAGAGGCUCAUCUCCCUCUCUGAGACUGAGAAGUAGUUCAUGCUGAAACCUGUGCCUUAGAACUUAAGAAGAGUUUGCUGGAUCAGGCCAGCAUCCUGUUCUCACCGCUGCCAACCAGAUGGCUGUGGGAAACCUGCAAGUGCAACAACUCGCUCCCUUUCUGUGGCUUCCAGCAACUGGUAUUCAGAAGCAUUUCUGCCUCUGACUGAGGAGGGAGAGCGCAGCCAUCAUGGCAAGGGGCCGUGUCUUCCAUGUUGUCCAGUAACUUUUUUGAAACCACCCAAGUUGGUGAGCAGCACUGACUCAUGUGGAAGUGAGUUCCAUAGUCUAACUCUGCGCUGUGUGAAGGACUUCUAUCUGUCCUGCGUCUUCCAACCUCCAACCUCAUUGGAUGCUCACUGGUUCUAGCAUUCCAAGAAAGGGAUAAAAACAUUUCCCUGUCCACUUUCCUCACACCCUGAAUAGUGUUAUAAACUUCUAUCAUGUCCUCUCUUACUUUUUCUCUAAACAGUCUGAAACCCUGCAGCCGCUCUCAUAUGGGAGUUGCUGCAUCCCCUCAAUCAUUUUGCUUGCCCUUUUCUGAACAUUUCCCAACUCUACAAUGUCCUUUUUGCAGUGUGGAACCAGAACUGUACACAGUAUUCCAAAUGUGGUUGGCCAUGGAUUUGCAAAAUGGUAUGAUAUUCACUGUUUUAAGUUCAGCUCCUUUCCUAAUGAUCCCCAGCAUGGAAUUGGACUUUUUCACAGCUGCCGCACGCUAGAUCCACCUCUUCAUCAUGCUAUCCACUGUGAAUUUUAGCCCAUUCUUAAGAAUUCUCCCACAAAAUCCCUAGCCUUUCCCAACAGAGCUUCAAUUUCCAGACCUCCAGGGAAAUACCAAUGAGCCACACAAAGCAGUUCCUGUAUUUCCCCCUUUAUUCCCUCAUAAAAGAUAAGACACGACACAGUCUUCUAUAAAAGUAUAAAAAGAGUUUACUCACAUUCUGUUCACAAUUGGAUCCCAGAAGGCAAACUUAGUUUUCAGGUGUAUGCUAUUUUUCAAAGCUAACUCAUAAGGAGACAGUGCCUUUGUCCUCUCUUGGCUGGAGGCCAAGAGAGCAUCUUUGGCUAAGCAGAUGUUGCUUCUUCAACUAAAGUAGUCAGAGAGAGAGAGACGGCUGCCCUGCCCUGUGCUAUUGUUGUUACCUGCAAGGGUGAGGCCACACCACCUCUAGUCACAUGCAGAGGAAGUUUACCCACUGGCUGGACAAACAUUCCUCCCCAUGUGUAAACGUUCACUCUAGGAAUGUUGUACUUAACUGCUCUUGUGUUUGACAUGCCACAGCAGAGCUGUCUCAUUCACUAAGCACAGUGCCUCUGGUGAGCAAAGUCCCUCCUGAGGCUGCAGUUCAGUGCAUGUUCCUUUCCUGACAGGACUUUUUCUCUUGCUGGGAGAUGUACAUCUUGGGAGGAGGAGCAGGUUUCAAUCCCAGGAGAUGAACAGAAUCCCAGGAGAUGAAGCCAGAGAGAGCCAGCCUGUCCUUCUCCGAACUUCCUGGGUGGUGGUGACUCCAAGUUGGUUUGCCUUAGGGCUUCCUAACAUUUCUCCUUUCCAGUUUGUACAUUGUAAAUAAAAGUACUUUGUAAUAAAGAUAUUUUACCAAUAA